GUGUAAAGAGCGGAGCAUCUCUCUCUCUCUCUCUCAGUCAACGAAAGUGCUGCUCAUUGUUCAUCAGAUCGAAGCGAAGAAGAUAGCGACAACAAUGGCUGCGACACCGAUUAUGAGUCCGAUUCCGGUGGCGAUGUACCCGACUCUGUCGGUGGUCACUCUAGCGAUUGGCCUCGUCAUCACAGCUUUCUUCUUCAUCUAUGAAGCUACAUCAUCCAGGAAAAACCGUAGCCUCGGGAAGGAGCUCGCGACUGCAGCAGUAGCAUCUGUUUUCUUGGGUUUUGGAUCGUUGUUUUUGCUACUUGCUAGUGGUGUUUAUGUCUGAUCCAUCUUGCUCAAUACUAUCCCCAGCUAGUUUCAAUGAACAAAAAAAAAACAGUACUUUUAUGUCCAACUUAAAUCAGAGUUAUGAAUGUUAAAGACUUUAAUUGUUUUUGUGCCUUUUAAUGCUUAACGGAGUUUGGAUGUGGCCA